AUGAAGUCAGUUCAUUUUUCAUUGCCUGAUCCACCAUUGCCUUUACCAUUUGGAUAUUCUUAUAAAACUAAAAUUGAUACAAUACCAUAUAUUCCAGAAUCACUAAUAAACUAAAGAGAAUAAACAUAAACAUCUAAGAAUGAUUAUACUUUCUAAAAUCUUCCAUAUGAUUAGGAAAUAUUAGAAUAAAAAUAAAUAAUAGAAGAUCCUAAAAGAAUUUCUCAUGUUAGAUAUUCUAUUAGAGAUUCACAAUUACUGUAAGAAAAUAGUAGAGAAAAUUUAACUAUAAAAUCUAAUUAGAUAGAUAUAGGUUUAAUUCAAAUUAAAUUACAGAAACAAAUAGAAAUUGCAAAAUCUAUAAAUCAGCCUUGUGGAAAGUAAUAUUAAGAACUAUUAUAAAAAGUAUUUUAUUAUAUAUAUUUAGUUAAUAUCUAUAAUAUCCUAAUAAUAGUACAAGGGGAUAAAUGAAUUGAUUAUAAAUUCAGAAUUUAAUGGUAUCAUUUUUUAAAUAAGAGCUUUGGCAAACUUAGAUAUUUUAUAUAAAAUCUAAUUUGAGGAGAUAAUUAAUUGCAUUUUUAAGCAAGAAGAGAAAUUAUUAUUUUAAGAAUUAGUUAGAGAAAUAACUAAAGAAUCCUUCAUGUAUUGGAUGGAACCAUUGUAUUAUGAGGCUCAAUUAAGAUAGAUACCUUAAUAAUAAUGGAAAUAAUUUAUUUAAAGUUAAAUAACUUUAUAUAAUAUGUGA